AAAUCCUCUCCAAAUCACCCUCGUGUCGAGAGGAAAUCGAAAUGCGCGAUGGAGAUGGAUAUUUCCAGAGCAGGCACCGAACCAUUGGUGGUCAAAUUCUACCGACAAUAUAUGCAGCAGAUCAACGAUGUGACAUAUCCGUCCGGAACCCUCCUGGUGAACCAGGACGUCCAGGAUAUUUUGUACAAGUAUUUCUUUGAUGCUUCUCAAAACAAAUAUCUCCCGCCUUCACGGUACCAGGCUAGAAUUUUGAAACACAUAAUCCAGGAGAUCGAGAAAUCAUGCAAAGAUCCAGAAGAAGAUCAAGUCUCCGAUCAUCUCAUGGAGCACAUGGCCUACCUGUCCAUCAUCCCCCAGCAACCUGACACCGACGAGGCCCAACAACUACAGGUCCAUUCUUAUUUCCCACCACUCCCUCUCGACGCGCCUGGUGUCAAGCCAGUCCUCAUCAAAGAAGCCCAGAACCUGCUAUCCAAGGGCAACAACGUCGGUCUUCGGACGUGGGAAGCCGCGCUGCAUCUGGCAUGGUACCUAGCCACCCAACGACCCGACCUUGUCAAAGACCGGGACGUCCUCGAACUAGGCGCAGGCACAGGCUUUCUCUCCCUUCUCUGCGCCGGACACCUAGCCGCCUCUCAUGUCCUAGCCACCGACGGUCUCGGACACGUCUGCGAGGGUCUCGAAUCCAACGUCGACCUCAAUGUGUCCAAUGACACACUCGGUGGCCAUACACUACCCGCAGUCCGCCAACUCGACUGGACAGACCGUCCCGAAAUCGACCAACUGCUCGACGACACCAAGCAAGCUGGAAGACAAUACGAUCUGAUCAUCGGGGCCGACAUAACGUACCACCCUGAUAUUCUCCGACCUUUAGCCGAAUUACUCAGCCUCCUGAAAGACACGUUCCUGAAGACCGCCAUUCUCAUUUCCGCGACGAUCCGAAGCGACACGUUCGCAGAUUUCGUCACAAUAUGUCGCGACGAUUUCGGCUUCAAGGUCACGGAGUUACGCUGCAGAAUACCUCAAGGUCUGCAAUACUGCGGCUUCUUCCACUCGGUCGCCACAGAGAUCAAGAUCGUGUCCCUAGAGCGGUGAUACAUCCCAACGCAGAGCACGAGGCACCAAUGUGGAUCGAGAAUUGUCCUAGUAAUGUUGACAACUGGCGCUGUUUCCCUCAACGCGGUCCGAGAAACAUGUAUGCGUACAAGUACGCAGCCUAGCAAUCAGUGACGAAGUCACAGAUCGCACCACUCAUAAAAGCACAAGAGGAUGUUAACGCCCCGAAAAGGGCGAACACUUCGCAUACUUAAAAGUUCCAUGACCUGGCCAUCCAGGAAUUGUAGGUGAAACCUACUUACCGGAAGUGGUUUCUGGUGAGGAAGAAACUACUUCAAAAGGACCCUGGUGAACCCAAAGAGGGAACACUGGCCAUGAGGUGGAGGGCACUGAGGCAGUCAAUGGAAGCUUUUAUGAUGUGUCUACACCCAGGAGUAGCCAGGAUGAGGUUCAUAAUUAUAUUAAUAUCGAACAACUGUACAUUCAUUCG